CAUGUUGUUAGAGGCCAUCUUUGUUUUUAAAAGUAAAAUUUUGAAAGAUGACUUGAUUUUGCUGUUGAACAAUACGCAACCAUGUAAUGUACAGUAAUAAAAUUUUAUAUUUUCAACGAUGUCAACGCAAAUAGCCAAGGUGGGAGAUCGUGUAGAGGUGACUGGUAAGAACCUGACUGGAACAGUCAAAUAUGUUGGCUCGACCAUGUUUGCAUCUGGGAAAUGGAUUGGAGUAGAAUUAGACGAAGGCAAGGGAAAGAAUGAUGGUUCAGUUCAAGGAAAACAAUAUUUUACAUGUCCAGACAACUAUGGUAUAUUUGUACGACAGUCUCAACUUACUGUCCUCACAGACAUGGAUGUUUCUCCUCCUCAAAAACCAUCAGUGAGUAAACUCCCCUCUCUCGGAAUACCAAAACCUAGUAGCAGUCGGAUACCUGGAUCCUCAACCCCCAGUAAAGAAAAAGUGAAAGAAGAAAAGGAUGAGUCUGAGAAAACAAUGCCAAGUUCAAGUUUAUCCAAGAUUGGUCGUCCUUCAAAUGUUCCAAGUACCGGUACUUCCAUUCCUGAACAGAAAUCAAAGCAACCUAGUGGUCUUCAACGACCAACAUCAGUUCGACCAUCGUCUGGCUCAAAGCUCACUCCUCCUCAAUCAAGUGGACUUCAAACACCAUCAAAAUCUUCUGCUAGCACUAAGUCAACUCUUCAAACCCCCGGGCAGACACCAACAUCGUCCCGAUUACAAUUUCCACACAAACAAGUGCAACAACAAACAACAACUGUGAAACAGGAAUCACCACCGGAACAACAGGCUAAGAGGGUACCAAAGCAACAACAACAGAAACAACCACAACAGCAACAACAACAACAACAACAGCAACAACCAUCACCACCACAACAACAACAACAACAACCAGAGAAGCCAAGCAGUACCUUGUCCAUGAGAGAUAUAGUUGAGUUACAACAUCAAUGUUCAGAAAAAGAUCGUCAAAUUCAGGAUCUUGAAGAAAAACUGGCAACAGUCAAACAAAAGCGCCUGGAAGAUAAAGUUAAAUUGAAGGAACUAGAAAAGACAAAACUACAACUUGGUCAGUUAGUAACUUACAAGACAAAAUGGCAAGAAUCUCAAAAGGACCUUCAAGCUCAAUUAAAAGCAGCUAAGAAGGAAGUUCAAGAACUGAAAGAGGCCCAUGAUGAAGAACCUGAUGAUUUAGCUUCACUUCAAGAAGCUGUUGAAAUGGCCACAUUGGAUAAAGAAAUGGCAGAAGAGAAGCUUGAAUCUAUGAUGCAAGAAAAUGAAAGUCUGAAGGAAAAGAUGGAAGAACUUUCACUGGAGUUAGAAAUAUUGAGAAGUGAAGUUUCAGAUGGGGGAAUAGAAGGAGCAGCAACUAAUGCAGAGAUUAAAACAUUAACAGAACAAAACACUAAGUUGAAGGAAGCCAUUAUUAGCUUCAGAGAGUUGAUUCAGUCGGAAAAGUAUGAACAACAAAGAUUGAAAAAACAGUUCAAUGACAUAAGUAAUAAUAUGACGACACUGCAAACUGAAAGAGAUAAAUUAAAAGAAGAAUUAAUGGCCUCUGAAGCAACAGUGGAUGAACUUAAGGAACAGGUUGAUUUUGCUAUCGGGGCUGAGGAAAUGGUCGAAACUUUGACUGACAAGAACUUGGAGCUUGGUGAAGAAAUUGAAUCUUUGAAAGAAACUGUUCAGGAAUUGGAAGCGUUGCAAGACUUAAAUGAACAACUGGAAGAAACACACAAUCAAACAGAAAAUGAAAUGCGGGAGGAAAUUGAUAUGAAAGAGAAUUCUAUACGCGAGUUUGAGAGGAAAUUGGAAGCUGCCCACAAAAGUAUUCUUGACCAUCAACAAACUAUCGAAAAAUUCCGAGAGCUCGUAACUGAACUACAAGACAGGAUUAGAGACUUACAAGAAGCAGGUGAAGAUGGAGAUAAAGUUGCUGUUGAAACACCAUCAAUUCCUGAAAUUAUCAAUUUCAAAAUCCAAGCCGAAGAAACUAAAUCACACGCAAAGGUGAUGGACAGUGAAUUACAACAGUUUGAACUACAACAAUGUAGGGAAAGACUAAACAUGAUUGAAUCAUUUCUUCCUGAAUCUUUUACAAGACGAGGAGGAGAUUCAGAUGGAAUAUUGCUGCUGUUAUUAAUGCCAAGGCUCGCUUUCAAAACCAAUUUUCUUCAAAAAGAAUUGAGAGAAAAGUUUGACAUCUCAGCGCAAAUUGAAGACCCUGAGUUACUAAAAGGAAGCAAUGGAGAACAGACAAAUUUUGCUGCAAAUUUCGUUUUUACUUUAUGUACAUUUCAAUCUGUAGUUAAACAGUUUGAAAGAGGUCUGUCAGAAUGCAACAGCGGAGCCUUUGAUCGAAUUGUUAGUACUUACACUGAACUCGCGUCACACGAGAGAGUUCUGGAUGACUUCAUCAAUCUCCUUCGGAAAGGUCAGCUUGAUGAUAAUGUUCCAAUGGAACCCCUGAAAAAAGCGAUUGCAAAUUAUACUAUGAUGGCGAGUUUUCAUUUCAGUCAUGAGAUUGCGUCAUGCUCUGACUUCUUGCAAGAUCAUCUUGAAAUACUUAACUCGGGUUCUGAUGGAAUCUCAAUUGGAUUGGCAAAGUUCAAAGAAGUUUGUGGAAAGAAUUGCGAUGAGGGAAGCGAAUUGGGGACAUUAUUUUCUGAUAUUGAAUUACGCAAUAUGGAAGUUAGACAGUUAUCUCGAAAAAUAAAACGUAGAGGUAUUCCCCAAGAAAACUCGAGUCAACUCGCGCUUUCAAAAGAGGUCCAAGAUUCUUUGCGUAAUUGUCUAAAGACGUAUGAGAAGACGGUCCAGUUUAUUUAUGAGUACAUGUGUAUUGUACAUGAGAAGUCGUCAGCUCUUGCAGAUGAUGAAUGUCUGUUGAGUGGUCAACUUGAAGAAAUGUCGCAAGAUAUUGCUACUCUUGUCUUUGAAAACGAGACUGAUGCUCCCAAGGAGUGCCUUAGUUCUGCAUUCAAUGACGUCAUCGGAUAUCUUUCAAGCUUCUUGAUCAAAAUGCAAGAAGGAGAAUAUGAUUGUAAACCAACAGGAAAGACCAAGGCGGAGUUACCAUAUGUCGCACGUGCAAAGGCAUUACGUCACGAGUUAGCUGAAUCAGGAAGUUCUGAAGAAAAGCUUGUUGCGAAGGAUAAAGAAUUGCAUGAUUCAAGAAUAGCGUUAAAAUUAAAGUCGGAAGAAGUUUCUCAGGCAAAUAUUCGUGUUGGUCUACUGGAGAAGAGGCUUGAUAAUGCAUCGAAAGAGGCUGAUUCUCGCGUGGAACAAGUCAAUAAGAAACUGGAACAAACAAACGCUGAACUGGAGAAAAAAUCUCGCGUUUAUGAAGAAACAAUGGAUGCACUUCAAGCCGACAUUGAUAAUCUUGAGAAAGAAAAGGUAGACCUAAAGAAGAGAUUAGAUACUUUAUCUAAGAAAUCUCUACUACAAGAUUUAGCUCGACAGACUUCGGGUAUCGGAGCUUUAGUGGCUGGUACUGCAGGCAAGAGUGGUAGUGGUGCCUUCAGAGGUGCUCCAGGAUCGUCUGGUGAACCAGUUCAAGUUGUCAUAAAAGAUUCACCAGUUGUUUUGCGACAGGUGGACUCGCUAAAAGCUGCAUUGAAUUAUGUCAAAAAUGAAAACACAAGAAUUAAGGGAGAAAAACUGAAGGCCAGACUACAGGCACUUCCUCCCAUAUUUGUUCCACCAAAACUUGGUUCUGCCCCAUCGACGCUCAACGCGAGUGAAAAACGUCUUGAAACACUGGCCAAGAUUACUGAGUAUUCCAAUGAUGUUCAAUCAUUACUCGAGAGCAUAAACAUACUAAAUGCGUCUCCUCAAAUUGUUGAUUUGACGAAGACUAAAGCAGCGAGAAACUCGUUUAAAGAGAUAGACCGGAGAGCUAGAUUGAAAGAACUUUUAAUGAAAAAAGAUGAAUUACAGCAGAAAAUUUAUCAAUUGAUGGCAUCCGUUAAACCAGGAGCAAAUGUAAAGACAUCAUUCUCAUCAUUUAUAUCUCCAACAUUUUCCAAGGCUUUGCAAGAGAAGAUCACUCCUGCAGUUCUUGGUAAGAUAACUAUUCCAAACGUAUCAGACGACAAAGGAAAGGUCUUUCCGGUAACUCUUCGAUCGAAUGAAUUUAGAAGAAUUCAUGAAACAUUUUUGAACUAAUUAUAUAUUUUGAAAGCCAACAUAUUUACCCGAUGUGUGAGGGUGUAUGCAAUUAAUAUAUUAUGGUAGAACUGUGUUUACGAAAUAUCAAUUUUUGUUUUGAUUUUUGAUGUCCAUUAACACCAUAAUCCAUAUAUCAUAAAUAUUCUCUUCAGUCGGGUAUAAUUGUCAAUUUGUCAGAUCUGUUUUUUCCCUUUGACUAGACACAGUGUUUUUUAGGGAUUUGUUCAUUAUUACAUACAUAUGUACAAUUUUUACAUCCAUGUUACUCUAACGUAAUUUCUCCUUUUCCACGCUCAACGAUAAAAUGUUUUUCUCUCA